ACUUCUUCUUGGGCACUUUGUCUUAGUCAGGGCCUAGAGUGGGGAAGUAUGUAGUGGUAAUACAAUGCUCUUAAUUCAACCCAGCACAACCCUCCCACAUACCCACCUGUUAUGGACAAGCACAACAAGCAGAGGCAAAGUGUAAACUCCCCAGAGGAAGACCUUAGGCUGGGUGCAGUCUGCUGUGACACUGGCAGUCGGGGUCCUGGAGUCAGUUGGCAAAGAAAGCUUUAGAUUUCCAACAGUUCUGAACACACCUGUGAAAUUGUGGGAGCUGCAUUUCUAGGGAUGCUACAGUUCUGAGGUCCUGACCUAAAACUAACUGCCAAGGUAACUCACAAAUGGGCAAUUUCUUAUGAAACGAACUCACAGCACUGAAGACCUGGCAGCUAAGGUGCUGGGGAGGACUGGGGCACUAUAGGUUUGCAGAACAUGUUGUAGCCCACAUGUAAGACUGCUCUUUACUGUGCAUGUUUCCAGACUAGGUGAAUAUGGCGUGCUUCAAGUAAAGUAAAAGCAGGAUGGAAGUAACAAAACUGCAGGACUAUUCAGAGGACCUGUGCAGCCCUUUAGUGCUGGAAUUUCUGAUCAGAUGCCACAAAGAGCUUAAUUACCUGGGAUUAUCCAUCCCUUUUUCCUAGAUAUGUUGGACAAUGGCCGCUGCAGAAAGUGUCCUAUAAGCUCCGCUCUGCAUGCAAAGGUUCAUUUAUACAUUCAUUUGCAAAUUUGUAAAUAUUUUUCCAUCUUGCUGGAAUGUAAUAUUUCUGCUCGGUGUAAAAUGCAACCAGAGGCUUAUACUCCAAAAUGGAAGAUGCACUAAAACUAAAAUCACCUAUUUUCCCACCUUUAACACUGUCACAGUAGGUAGUGUGUCAGCAGGGGAACUGAAAUAAAAUUUAUGGGGGUACAUAAGUUUGGAAUGGAAUAGAAGUAUACCUCUCGAUGUGAAUUUGGCAUAGCUAGUUUCUGAGCCCUCAUGCCCAAGAAACUUCUACCAAUUAAUGUAGAUGCUUACUUGAUAGCAUAACUCCAUCAAUUUUGGUUAAAAAAAUUUUUGGCUCAUUAUUUACGCUGGACAACAGAUGAAAAGCCUGUACUGAUAAUGUAACAGGAAAUGUUUAAUUUCUCAUUAGCCUCAAGGGCAUAGUCAGUAUUGUGAAUCCUUUUCCUAAGCCAUUCCUCCCUCUCUAGGGAGUCAGAGACCGAACCAUUUGCCUGUGGUGCAGUUCAGUGUAGUUAGGAUACCCUGGCCUCAGCAAAUGCUUUAUCCCAAAGCCUGUCAGGAAUGUAGAAAAUGCAAACAGACCUCUGUCCAACACUUUUUUCCUGUUGACAAGAUUCAUCAGUUCCUACACGAAGGAAGUGCAGCCUGAACUUCCUAUUGCGGUAUCUUAGUGCCUGUGAUUAAAGCUUCCCAUCUACUUAAUCCUCCAAGUAUUACAGCUCAAGAUUUCCAUGUCACUUCAGCAAGAUGAGCACAAUUUCCUGGCGUUACUGUAUUAAAAUUGAAGCCAGUGGUGAUGUUUUUGCAUUGCAUCUGUUUAAAGGAGCACUCCAAGAUGAUGUUUUGGCUUGUUCUUAAAAUAACCUUCGUAAGCACAUAACAGCAAUAUUUCAUAGAUACAACUGUGGGCUGCUGCCUUUAUGAAGGUUGCAGAUACUUUAAACUCCAUUUUAUAAGUGGAGAAAGAGGGCCGGUGGCCAGUAAAAUCUACUUAGUGUAGCUAAUGAAAACAAUGAGAUUUCUAGUCAUGAGUUUCUGACACUGUCAUGUGCUUAGUUCACAGGUGUACAUUGCAUCAUUCCCCUAACUUGAUGCUACUGAUUCCUGUUAGCGAUCCACAUGUGCCUGUAGUCAUCAUGGUCCACCUCAGUUCUGCCUUUUGUAGGUCCAGAUUUCUAAUAUGUUGCUGAUGUAACAGAGUCCUCCUAACUCCACCCCACCUAUUUUGUUAGGAUCUCUGCAGCAGGGUAAGAUGUGGAUUUCCUCCUGUAAAGGUUGCUGCCAUGGGAGAGGACAAAUGCUAUUUUUCUUGCACCUGUUGCAUUGAUAACUGAAAAGAAGGGAAUGUCCUCUUUGUGUAUAUAUAUGCACCCUUCAGAAGGUGAAAAAUCCCUCUGCCUGGUGCAAGGCUGCAGCGUCUUGUCAAGAAGCACGCCUAGUAAAACACUAAAUUUUUAUCACAGUCUGUGGCACCAUGGGUGAGGCAAUUCACUCAGACACUUGGGGUGAGAAUGGUGAUGGCUCUGAACCCAUAAAUGGACACACUGCACAGACUGAGGGGCUACUGAUCACUGGCUUUCCUGCACCAAAGCUGGGAAUGUGUUGGAGAACCUGGGAGACAACACGUCAGCUGUCCUGCGUGUACACGUGCCAUAGUCCUCCUAGUCACAGCAUUGCAGAGUAAAUUGAAAAACAGCUUAUUUUUAACUGUGUGAAAUACUUAAACCCAGUCAAGAGGCAAGCUUAAUAUCACUUCAGGAGCAGCAGUAUGGGAUGGCAGCUCAGAGGCAGCGCGCCCUGGCCAUCAUGUGUCGUGUGUAUGUGGGCUCCAUAUACUAUGAACUGGGAGAAGAUACCAUUCGCCAGGCCUUUGCCCCAUUUGGACCUAUAAAAAGCAUUGAUAUGUCCUGGGACUCUGUUACGAUGAAGCACAAGGGUUUUGCUUUUGUGGAAUAUGAGGUACCUGAAGCCGCUCAGCUGGCCUUGGAGCAGAUGAAUUCUGUCAUGCUGGGGGGAAGAAAUAUAAAGGUUGGGAGACCUAGUAAUAUAGGUCAGGCACAACCGAUUAUAGACCAGCUAGCAGAAGAGGCACGGGCUUUCAACCGGAUCUAUGUGGCAUCUGUUCAUCAGGACCUUUCAGAUGAUGACAUCAAGAGUGUGUUUGAGGCCUUUGGGAAGAUUAAAUCCUGCACGCUAGCCAGGGAUCCCACGACAGGAAAACACAAAGGCUACGGUUUCAUUGAAUAUGAGAAAGCACAGUCUUCUCAAGAUGCUGUUUCCUCUAUGAACCUCUUUGACCUUGGGGGUCAAUAUCUCCGUGUUGGUAAAGCAGUGACUCCUCCAAUGCCUCUGCUGACACCUGCUACGCCAGGAGGAUUACCUCCAGCAGCAGCUGUUGCUGCAGCAGCUGCUACAGCAAAGAUCACAGCACAGGAAGCAGUUGCAGGAGCUGCAGUUCUUGGCACUUUGGCAACCCCUGGGCUGGUAUCUCCAGCACUGACUCUGGCCCAGCCGUUAGGGGCGUUGCCGCAGGCUGUAAUGGCAGCACAAGCACCCGGAGUCAUUACAGGUGUAACCCCUGCCCGACCUCCCAUUCCUGUCACUAUUCCACAAGUGGGAGUUGUCAAUCCUAUCCUUGCUAGUCCACCAGCAUUGGGCCUGAUGGAGGUCAAAAAGGAGAAGGAAGAGGAGGAGGUAUUCCAGGAGUCAGAGAGGCCGGAGAUGCUGAGUGAACAGGAACAUAUGAGCAUAUCUGGCAGCAGUGCCCGUCAUAUGGUCAUGCAGAAAUUGCUUCGUAAACAGGAGUCUACUGUGAUGGUGCUUCGCAACAUGGUGGAUCCAAAGGACAUUGAUGAUGACCUAGAGGGAGAAGUGACAGAAGAAUGUGGCAAAUUUGGGGCUGUAAACAGGGUCAUCAUCUACCAGGAGAAGCAAGGAGAAGAGGAGGAUGCUGAGAUCAUUGUCAAGAUCUUUGUGGAGUUCUCCAUGGCCUCAGAGACUCACAAAGCCAUUCAGGCUCUGAAUGGGCGCUGGUUUGCAGGAAGGAAGGUGGUAGCAGAGGUGUAUGACCAGGAGAGAUUUGAUAACAGUGACCUGUCAGCAUGAACUCUACUUGAAAGACUUCACCCCUGCCCCCUCUGCCUGUCUGGGGUUUUUUUAGCCAUGUGUAAAGAACGCUCCAGGGUGGGCACAGAUCUCUGUGAUGUACUUGUAGUUUGGAUAAAAGCGCAAAGAAA